UUAUCUAAAUGUUAAAAUGAAAAUAAAAAGAGGCAAUUGAUAUAAUAUUUUGUUUCAUUGUAAUGACUAUAUGUGUAAAGCCCUAGCCAAGGUGAGUUGACUGAUGUUAUGAAGCACGCUGCUGUUUGCAGAAUUACCGGAUUUGCGUCAUCGCAGACAUCACACUCCCGAAUCGAAUUGAGAAACACGCCCAGACCUACAUCACCAGACUAUUUGCCUAAUCCUCACGGUACUUUAGACCGUGGUGGAAACACAGAAAACAGGUCUGGGAGAAAAAGUUCCUGGUUCACUUGUUUUGGUGGAAACGAGGCAAAUGCUUUUGGGAAACGCACCGCAGAUUGGAGGUCUGGCCAAUGAUGUCACAGGAACACAGGGAUCAGACCUGUUGGUGCUGAAAGAGGAGAGUCAAGAACUGAAGGAAAUGAAAUAUAAGAAUGAACAAGAUUUUAAGACUGAAGAAAAAUCUUUUAGUUGCUCACAGGCAGAAAUAACUUCAAGAAAAAUGAAUCAAAAGACGAGAAGGAGUAGUUAUUGCGCCUGCCAACAGUGUGGAAAGCGUUUCAAUAGAACCGGUAUCAAAAAACACAUGAGAGUUCACACAGGAGAGAAGCCUUAUGCCUGCCAAGAGUGCGGAAAGUGUUUCAGUCAAAAAGAAACUCUUAGAAACCACAUUAGAAUUCACACUGGCGAGAGGCCUUAUGUGUGCCCUCAGUGUGGAAAGAGUUUCACUCAUUUUGCAAACCUUGGAGGUCACAUGAGAGUUCACACUGGAGAGAAGCCUUUUCCCUGCCAACACUGUGGAAAGUGUUUCAGUCAAAAAGAUAACUUAAACGACCACAUGAGAGUUCACACUGGAGAGAAGCCUUUCACCUGCCAACAAUGUGGAAAAUGUUUCAACCGAAAAUCAAGCCUUAACCGGCACAUGAAAGUCCACACUGGAGAGAAGGUGUUUACAUGUGGUCACUGCAGAAAGAGUUUCAAAUAUAAAGGAGCCCUUAAUAAGCACAUGAGGUUUCACAUGUGAAAUAACUAUUUUAGAGAAGCAAUCUUGAGGUUCACAGAAGCAACCAAGAUGGAGUUAAAAAUACAAAUGUUUUAUAAUCUAUUAUACUACAGGGCCGUUGAAUGAAUAAAUCUGAUUGGCUGAGAAUGUUCUGAGGUGUGCAGUUAUUUUUAGGAAAAUGAACCGCGAACGUUGUUCCAGGCAGCUCUCUUGACCGCAUUAAUGUUGAUCGUGGCUGCAUCAGCACCUCGGGUUUGCAUUCUUUUUUGAAUAAUUCAAUGGCCCAUCGUCAAUUAUUCCUUACAUAAUGAUUCUUCAGCAUGCCCAAUUAAAUACAUGAUAUGCAUAUGAAAUAUGUAUUAAGUAUGUUGUGGAAUUGCCAGACCUCAUAAAACGGUUUAUGGUAUUGGUACCAGGUCUAUAAUUAGAGGAGAUUAUGAGGUGCCAUGUUCCACUUAUCAUACUUUAGAAAGCAUCUUAUAACAAAUCAGCUGUGUAAUUGUUUUACUUUAUCCAGAGUAUUUGGUUUUCUUUAAUGAUGUUUGUAUGUAUAUUUGAGAAUGUGUUUGUGUGUGGCUGCUUAAGGUCUGUGAAUAUAAAUUAGCAAUGUUGCCAUAUUCCAGCUUUCUUUCAUUCUUUAUUUUAUACAAAUGUUCAUUAGCAUACAUUGUCUAUAUCAAAUAAAUAAA